AUCAUGCUUGGAUAAUCUUCAAAGGACAUUUUACAAAAUUAAUAUUAUUCUUUUCAUUCAAUCAAUUUAUUUUUUCUUCCAUAUUCCUCUACACUCUGUCACAACCAAUGAGCAAUAUUACUUAUAAAAAUCAAUUAGCAUUACAAAACAAAAAAUUAAUGCUCAUAAUCUUCUUGCAAGAAACAUAAUGCAGAUUUCUUGACUGAACCUUAGAAAUUUCCCCUGUUUUUUUUUCCUUCUUCUUCAUCUUCCUGUUCUCUGAACAUAAAAAUGUCGAAUUCGAAUCGAAAAUGUUUCUCCUUCAUACCUUCAUCAUUUGUAUCAAUUUACAUGAUUACUGCUUUCUUUACAAUCUCCUUUUUGUCUCUGCUUUAUCUAAAGUACCCUCAACAAUAUAUUAAUCAUUUUGAAUACCUUAGGAUUGUUAACCUUACUCCAACGACGAAAGAAGCAACAACUCCGUUGUCGGUCAACGAUUUCACAACCCCUUCUGUUAGUUUACUGAAGGAGGAGAUUGUUGUCAACCCAGAAUCAAAUCCAGCAACUGCGCCGUUGCUGUCGGAUUCCCAAUUUCCACCGGAUUCUGUUGUCGAAAAUCCGGCUCCAAAUUCGACAUUUGGGCAGGAAGAGAAGGAUGAUCAGGUUCAACCACCAACUAUUGUUGAGAUUCCGUCCUCUCUAAAUCCGACACCAGAAGUAGUGCAGGAUAAGAAAGAUGAACAGAUUUCACCAUCUCCUGUAGUCGAAAUUCCGUCUCAGAAUUUGACAGCAGAGGAAGUGCAGGAAGAGAAAAAAAUCGAAAAGAUUUCAGAAACUCCAGUUGUUGAUUCACCUUUGAAUGAUGCUCCUGUCAAUUCAUCAGUGUCACCAGAAGCAUCAGUCGUCGAGGAAGCAAAAAUCGAAAAAAAUGAUCAAACGCAGUCUGCAUCUCCACCUGAAGCCGUCAUUCAGACAGAGAAAAAACAGGAAGAGGCAGAAGAAGAUGAGGACGACGAAUCAAUUGUCGCGUCAAUUGACCAAUAUGAUCAUCUUUCAAAUCCUCCUUACAGUAAUUCAUCCGAGGAAAGGAUGCAGUGGAUCAAGUUAAGGCUUCCAGGUUCUAAAGUACUCGAGUCAACACCAAAGACGCGAAUGUUUGAGGAAAAGUUACAGCAUUACAUCAGUGAAAAAAGAUGCAGGGUGAAUAUCUUUAUGACAUGGAUAUCGUCAGCCAAGUUUUUUGGCAAGCGCGAAAUGUUUUCCUUAGAGAGUGUUGUUAAGGCACACCCUGGAGGUUGUGUCUUCAUAGUCUCCAGGAUAAUGGCCUCGAAACCAGGUAGAGAAAUGAUUCAACCAUUGAUAGAGCGCGGGCACUUAAUCCUGCCAAUAGCCCCGGAUUUUAACCUUCUGUUUAGUGGAACACCGGCUAAUGAUUGGCUCCGAAGGCUCAAGGAUGGCAAGAUGGACCCAGGGAAGAUCCCUAUUGCUCAAAAUUUGUCAAAUCUUUUAAGGCUCGUAAUCUUGUACAAGUACGGAGGGGUGUAUCUUGACACCGAUAUGAUAAUACUAAAGGAUGUUUCAGGCUUAAGGAAUACUAUUGGAGUACAAGAAUUAGAUGAGAAAAAGAAGGUGUGGGUUUCAGUAAACAACGCGGUAUUGAUCUUUGAUAAGCAACAUCCUUUGUUGCUAAGGUUCUUGGAAGAGUUCAACUCGACUUUUGACGGGAGUUUAUGGGGCCAUAAUGGACCAUACAUGGCUACACGAGUUAUAAAAAGCACAGUAGAUGAUUCGCGGUAUCAGUUCAAUAUGAUGUCUCCUAUGGCAUUUUAUCCUGUUGAUUGGUACAAGAUUUACAAGUUGUUUCGAAACUCCACUGGUAAACGUGAUUCAGAAUGGGUUACAAACACGUACAACAAGAUUAUUAGGGAGUCUUAUGGUGUUCAUCUUUGGAAUAAAAUGACUCGAAAUUUGAAGAUCGAAAAAGAUGGUGCUAUUGGGAAAAUUAUCUCAACUUAUUGCAUCAUUUGUAACCAAGUUUAUAGUUCAUGAGAUUUGAUCAAUGCUCGCAAAUUUGACAUUUUUCGAUCUUACAGUCAAAUUAGUUGUAAUAAUUCCAUUUGUUACACAUUUUUUUAGAUUCUUUUUUUCCCUUGGAUGUUUCAGGAUUAAUGAUAUACAUUCACAUCUUUAUAAUUAUACAGAGAAUUAUCCUAAUUUCGAUUUUCUCUUUCAUUUUUCGGUCUUGA